AUGAGCUUAAGCAUACUUGACCCGUCUGUCCUCACUGCUAAGCUGCCAAAACUACUUCCCAAGGAGAACCAGACACUGAAGUCCCCGCAAGACGGCCUUGUUACUCUCACUCACACCGCUCUGACAGUCCUGGGCUUUCGCCUAGUAGGCGUAGACGACUCCUCUUCUCAGGGCAUCUACGAGGACAACGUCCUUCCCGAGGGCUGGAAUGCCCACGGACCUGGACAUUACACUCUCAGAUAUAAACAUGAACAAAGUAGUCUUGAAUUUGUAUUGAAGCUGGCAAAGCUGGGGACUCGCUUCACUACCAAUGCUAUUGCUGUCGAAACCGACAAAAUAGCAUCCUUAGAUAUUCCUGCGAACGACUUCACUUCUCCGUCGUUUUUCCCGCAGGAUCCCAGUGCUGCGGACGCGCAACCCCUCGUUCACGGCUUCAUCUCGUCCAAUCGCAUCACAGACUUCAUAUCCCAGUUUCAGCUUAUGAUUGUCCAAAAGCUAGUCCCGGGCCUGCGGAAAGAGGGCUAUACGGAGCAGUCCGAGUCAUCCGCUGUCCAGGCUGGCCCGUCAAACCAGCCGCCACCUGCGCGGCCGCAGCCAGUCCUUCCACCUCAGGGCCCUAACGAGACAGACCCGAUGCGGGUGCCCAUCCGCAACCCUCUGGAAAUUGGUCGCAGCGAUCGCGAGCCUUUCCCACGUAAUCCAUUUGCGCCACCUCCUCUGUUCCCUGGCAAUGAAGGCGAUGGCAUGUUCGUGGGACCCAACCAUCCCAUCUUUGGUGCGGGCGUGGGCGGGCGUGGUGGAAGAGGACCGUGGGGUGGCGAUGGUUUCUUGCCACCCCUGGGUGCACCGCCUGGCGCUCGGUUCGAUCCGGUUGGACCAGGGCUGGGACCCUUCCCUGGUGGGCCAAUCCCGGGAAGGGGUCCAGGCGCGGGCAGAGGUGGGAGGAUGCCGGGAAGCGGGAACACUGGAGAUUCAGACUUUGACGACUUCCCGCCACCUGGUGUAAGUUUUUAUAGCUUCAAUAUGCACAGCUAG